UUUGGCCACUAUGUGACGGCCUGCUUACGUUCUGACUUCUAACAGAUGAGCUUGGAGCUAUGGCAGAUGAUGAUUUGGCCAAGGCCAUUGCAUUAUCCAUGCAAGAAACCAACACUUCGCGGCUGGUGCGGCACGAGAUCCCAGCGGACAACUCAUGCCUUUUCAAUUCGGUGGCCUACGCGCUGAAUGAUAGCGGCGACGACAAAGCCUCGGAGCUGCGGGGCAUGGUGGCGGGACUGGUGCUCUCUGACCCAGAAACGUGGACAGAGGCCAUGUUGGGAAAGCCACCGGAAGAGUACGCAGAUUGGAUACAGGAUAGCGAGCAUUGGGGCGGUGGCAUCGAGCUGGCCAUUUUGGCGACGUCCCACGAGAUGGAGAUUGCGGCCGUAGACAUCCAGACACUGCGGGUGAGCGUGUUCGGCGAAGGUCAAGGCUUCCGCCGGCGUGCCCUGUUGAUCUACGACGGCAUUCACUAUGAUGUGCUGGUGCGCCGUGGCCCCUCAGGAGAGGAAAGGCUCUUCGGGGUCGAUGACCUGGCAGCCGUUGAGGAAGCAAAGGCAGUAGCCAAGGAGGCGCAAAUAGCUCGUGCCUUGGCUGGACAUCGCAUGACCAAUGCGGUGCUCAGAUCUUUUUGAAUAGAUUAGUUGGCGCACAACCAUGAUGGUUGUGUUCUCGAAGUCAUUAAUAAGCUUUCCUGAUGUUGAACAGCGCCAGACUAGACACGGCUGGAAGGAGAAGCCCGAUAUCAAGACUUGGAAGUUGCCAAUGCUGCAAAACACAUUUUUUGGCAAAAUUCAAAGGAGACAGACA